GCUCUGUAGUCAAGAAACCUGGGGAUCGCAAGUAUGCAGGAGGAUCCCGGGGCUCCCUUGCCCCAUUCCCAGAGUGAAAUCAUGCCCUCCAGCUCUUCGGGGUCCACCGGGAAGUCCCCUCAUGGGCUAUCCUCAUCCAGGCCCUCCCACGGUCUUACCUUUGCCCUCUCUAAUCGCUGGGAUCUGCUCCCGGCCUCCAUGGCUGUGUUUAAAGUCCACCUCUGGGGAACACAGGCUGACUGUUCCGAUAAGCCCAGGCACGGGGCUGUGUGUGUCCCCAGGCUUCCUGGGACCCUGGCUGGGGUGGGGGGCGAGAGCAGCGUCCGACUGGCGAGCAGGAUGAAGCUGCCCUGCGGCUUCUUCCUCCUGUGGCUUGGCCUGGCGGGCAGCCUGGCUCAGAGCGACCCCAGCCCCAAGGGAGAGGAGUCUUACUCGGACUGGGGCCUUCGGCACCUGCGGGGCAGCUUCGAGUCGGUCAACAGCUACGUGGAUUCCUUCAUGGAGCUGCUGGGAGGCAAGAACGGAGUCUGUCAGUACCGGUGCCGAUAUGGAAAGGCGCCGAUGCCCAGACCUGGCUACAAACCUCAGGAGCCCAAUGGUUGCGGUUCCUAUUUCCUGGGCAUCAAGGUACCAGGAAGUAUGGACCUGGGCAUCCCGGCGAUGACCAAGUGCUGCAACCAGCUGGACGUCUGCUAUGACACCUGCGGUGCCAACAAAUACCGCUGCGAUGCGAAAUUCCGAUGGUGUCUCCACUCCAUCUGCUCUGACCUCAAGCGGAGCCUCGGCUUCGUCUCCAACGUGGAAGCAGCCUGUGAUUCUCUGGCCGACACCGUGUUCAACACCGUGUGGACCCUGGGCUGCCGACCCUUUAUGAACAGUCAGCGGGCAGCUUGCAUCUGUGUGGAGGAGGAGAAAGAAGAGUUAUGAAGACGCGAUUCUCCCGGGCUUUGAGUGACACCACGACUCCGCUUCAGGGAUGGCGGUGGACAGAGGGGCCGUCCUUUCUUCCAACCCUUUGGAGACUACGGGCUGGAGAAGGGAGACAGCAAGCCUUGUCCUUUGAGGAAAGCUAAGAAAAAAAGGGAUGCAGAGGCUGAAGACUGUCCACUCUAACACUGGUCUCCCAGUCAAGACUCAUGAGCCUGGAAAUUCAGUUCUCAGAACCGCAAGCAGAUACCGUCCGAUCACAAUAGUCACAAGUGAAAUCUGGGGGAGCCCAAACAUUUGGGAGACAAUGACUUUCCUCUGGCCCAUGUUUCAGUCGCCAGUGAGCACCUCACAUUUAAUAAAGUGCACUUUUUAGAAAA